UCGACAUCUGCGUUUGGAUCAACAGCCCCAGAGUCUGGCCUUUAAAGAGUGGAAGAUGAGAGUGCAUCGGGAGAUGGAAGGGUUGGGCUUGGAAUAUGCGUAUAUAAGGCCGCAUGUCAAGCAACCAACUGAGAAUGAAGUCAAGGCAGACACUGCAUCAGGAGAGUCGGAAAUGGCGGUAGUAACAGCGCAGAGAGAAGAAGAAAGCAGAAGGCGCAUGGAGGUGGAGAGGAUGAUUGCGCAUGAUGGGUUUGAUAUUGAUAUCUACGGUGAUGAGGAGACCCGGAGGAAGUAUGAGCCAUGGAUCAGGAGCCGUAUGGACCGAGCGUAGAUGUUUGUUGGAGUUGUUUCGCAUACUUGAGCGUUUGUGUUGCGGCGUUGACGUGAGUCUACGUUUCUUUUAUGGCUAGCUUGGCUGCGUAAGCGAAGAGUCUUGAUAGUGGUAGUACGAUACUGGUGAUCAGUGGGGCCGUGGACGUACGUCAUGCCUGCAUCAUGGGAUUAAUUUGGUCGAUUUGCUAGUGUUAUUAGACUGUUCGUGAGCAUUGAUGCCACGUCAAAGGAAGCAUGUUCGUGAAUUUGCGCUUAGCUUUCUCAGCAGUCCGACCCAUGCCCAGCCAGCACAAGACGUCAAAGAUUAG